GAGCGGCGCGGGACGGGCAGAGAGCGAGACAGUCAGACAGCAGACAGGCAGGGGUCCCAGGCAGCCGCGAGCAGCCCCCUUCGUCCGUUCUGUCCGGCCCGAGCACUCUCGCCUGUGCAGGGGAGUGCGGUGCAGCGCAGUGCGGGCGCCCCGAGCCGUCCCGCCAGGACCGUCUGGCUCUCUUCUCUUUGCUGCUGCCCAAGAGCUCGAGCUCGGGGGGACCCAGGCUUGUGCCCCCACUCUCGUCGCCGCGCACGGACAACUCGGCCGAGGGGCUGCUGCCCCGCACGCUACUUUUCCCAGAGACACAAGUGGUUCUCGGAGCCCGCCGGGAACUUUUGGCGAAGCCCAGCCGAGCGCUCUCGGAGCGGGAGAGCCGGGCGGCCGCCCCGAUCCGCAGGCAAGCAGAGGAGAGUGAGUUAGGGGCUGCCGUUGCGGCCCCUGAGCCGAACCGCGUUCGGGAGCGCAGUAGCCGGUCCUCCGUUCGCUGCCAGCCCGCAGGAGGCGGGGACCGCCGCGGUCUAGAAUUUGGGGGGGCUCCGGCUGACCUCCCGUCCUCGCUGUCCUCUACCCCGGCCGGGCUUCCUCGCCCGUGCCCGGGAGAGCCGCUGUCACCCGCUUGGCCCAACCGCCGGCCACUCGCCGAGAGGGGGACGCAUCCAGCCGGACGCACCGUCCCCGCCGCCGCCACUUUUUAAACCGGAGCCGAGGAGCGCGCGCGGGACCCGAGCGGAGUGAGCGCGCCUCGUGGCCGAGCCGGGAGGGGGGCCAGCAAGGCUCGCGACCCCCUGGCUGAGUCGGGGUGCCGAGCUCUCCCCAGACCGACUCGAGAGCGCGCCCCAAAGCCCGCCUCCUCCCCUUACUAACUUUGUCAGUCGCGGCCGGCGGGCGGACAGACAGCCAGACAGCCCGACGUCCACGCUCGUCCAGCUCGGAGGGGACCUGCUCUGUUCUAUGACUACAAAGAUGGAAACUACUUUCUACGACGAUGCCCUCAACGCCUUCGUGCAGCCCGAGAGCGGCGGCUACGGCUACAGCCACGCCAAGGUGCUAAAGCAGAGUCUGACCCUGAACUUGGCCGACCCGGUGAGCAGCCUCAAGCCCCACCUGCGCAACAAGAACCCAGACCUGCUGACCUCGCCCGACGUGGGGCUGCUCAAGCUCGCCUCCCCGGAGCUCGAGCGCCUCAUCAUCCAGUCCAGCAACGGGCUCAUCACCACCACGCCCACGCCCACUCAGUUCCUGUGCCCCAAGAACGUGACGGACGAGCAGGAGGGCUUCGCCGAGGGCUUCGUGCGCGCCCUGGCCGAGCUGCACAACCAAAACACUCUGCCCGGCGUCCCCCCGGCGGCCGCGGCGCAACCCGGGAACGCCUCCGUGGCCGCGGGCAUGGUGGCUCCCCCCGUGGCCGCCCUGGCGGGCAGCGGCGGCGGCGCCGGGGGCUUCGGCGGCCUGCACAGCGAGCCCCCGGUCUACGCGAACUUGAGCAACUUCACCCCCAGCUCCGCGCUGGGCUCCGCGCCCGCUUACGGCGGCCCCACCGGGGGGGCCGGGGCCGCCGGAGGCGGCAGCCUGGCUUUCCCCCCGCAGCCCACGGCCCCGCAGCAGCAGGCGCAGCCGGCCAACCCGCAGGCUCCCCUGGGCCCGCAGCUGCCGGGCGUGCAGCACCCCCGGCUGCAGGCGCUCAAAGAGGAGCCGCAGACUGUGCCCGAGAUGCCCGGAGAGACCCCGCCUCUGUCCCCCAUCGACAUGGAGUCCCAGGAGCGCAUCAAGGCCGAGAGGAAGCGAAUGAGGAACCGCAUCGCCGCGUCCAAGUGCCGGAAAAGGAAACUGGAGCGCAUCGCCCGGCUGGAGGAGAAGGUGAAAACUUUGAAAGCCCAGAACUCGGAGCUGGCGUCCACCGCCAACAUGCUCAGGGAACAGGUGGCCCAGCUGAAGCAGAAAGUCAUGAACCACGUGAACAGCGGCUGCCAGCUCAUGUUAACGCAACAGUUGCAAACGUUUUGAGCGGCCCCGGGAGGCCGGAGACGGACUCGGUCGGACUGACGCGUCGGUUGCAUUUGGGAGCGAGACGGUGACACGCACAGCAAAGUGUCAGAGAGACCUAGAUCGAACUGACCCGUGUCGAGCCCCGGGCCGCCCCCUUCCCGGCCCCCUCCCCCUCACGCACACGUGGGGGCAGGACUGGCCAAGCUUUCGGCCUCGGGCUGGGCGGGAGUGGCCGGGCCCCCCAAAAACAGUACCACUCGGCGGAAGGGAUGGCCCCACCCCCACCCUCCCCGCCGGACCCGGAGGGCAGAACCUGUCAGCUCCAUGUUUACCAUUGACCAAGAACUGCAUGGACCUCUAACAUUCGAUGAUCAUUCAGUAUUAAAAGGUUGAAAAAAGAAAAAAGAAAAAAAAACUUCAAUAGAGACUGUAGUUUGCUUCAGUAGUACUCUUAAAAAAAAAAAACUGGGGGGAGGGGGUGGGAGGGAGGUUUCUUAAGAGGAAAAAAAAGGGGGGGUGGAAGGGUAAAGAAUACCGUGGACUCCACUUGCCUGCCUUUCAGUUAACUGUGUAUGUAUAUAUAUAUUUUUUUUAUUUUAUGAAAGCUGAUUAAUGUCAAUAAACAGCUUCAUGCCUUUGUAAGUUAUUUUAUGUUUUGUCUUGUUCCGUUUGGGCCCUACCAAGCAUUGUUUGUAAAUAAGAGAUUUGGAACACUCUGGGUAGAUUUACCCUUUGUAAUAAAGUAUAUAAUUUUUUUAUGCUUUUUGUUUCUGAGAAUUCCAGAAAGGAUCUAUUAUAUUUAAGAAAACACAAUAAAAUGUUAAACUAU